CAUGGUGUGUUCAGUCCCAGCUGUAGAGACCUUCUCCCCACACGGUACCAACACAGAGCCAUAGAGACCUGCUCCCCACUGUCUGUACAAACUCUGGGGAACACACGUCGUCUAAUACAACAGCAGACAGCUUCCAUUUCCAAGGUCACUCUUCACAACCGACACUUGACUUCCCGAGCUGACUAAAGUCUCUGUGGUUUGUGGUCAAAUGGAACAUUAGAUCGUGGGCAGCAGAAACCCAAAUCAGCGUUAAAUUGUGCCGAAGAUAGACACAAAAAGCUGGAGUAACUGAGCGAGUCAAGCAGCAUCUUUGGAGAGAAGGAAUGGGUGACGUUUCAAUUCUGCCUAUUCAUUUUAAUGCUGCAGAUGUACAGUAACUGGAGUGGUUCAGUUCUCUCUCAAGGGAAAGAAAACGACAAGUUAGAAACAAUGAGAGGUGACAUUGCUUUGGGAAUGAUCGCUUUCUUAUUUGUACAGUCAGUCACAGGAUGCCCGGAAAAAUGCCAGUGCAUGGAGACUGAGAAAGUAGUACGUUGCACAGGUACAGGGCUCUCACAGGUACCUAGAGGUAUUGCCCUAAACACAGAGGCCCUGUACUUGCAGAAUAAUCAGAUCCACACAAUAUCAAAUGCUGACUUCACUGGUAUGUUGCAGCUACAAACUUUAGACUUGUCCAACAACAUUAUUUCAAACUUAUCAUCAGAUACGUUUGAUGGACUACAUAACCUUCUCAUCCUAAAUCUGGCCAAUAACUCCAUCACCAAUGUGGACAACAAAAUGCUCCACUCAACUGGGAACCUGCAUCAACUGGACCUGUCGUUUAAUCACCUUACUAGUUUGCCCGAGGGUUUGUUCAACAACCUGCAGAAUCUGACAUCACUAGCAAUGCAUCAAAACCAACUUCAGCACAUCAGCAGGUCGCUGGUGGAUUCCCUGCCAAGUCUACAAGCCAUCUUGUUCAGGAAAAACCAGUGGAAGUGUGACUGUCAUCUAACGGGAUUGAAACUUUGGUUGGAGAGCUUCCUCUACACAGGAGGGAAGAUUGAUGAAAUUCUAUGCACAGAACCAGAGGACUUAAGAAGUAAGGACCUCAUGAGAAUCCCGCAUGAAUUAUUCCAGGUGUGUUCCUCCAUAAAGGACAAGUCAUCUCACGUUGACUCCGACCAGAGAAGUCCCACCAUCCAAACGUUGCAGCACAAACUGGAGCCGGAGCACAGCCCAGACUGUACCCCGAAGGCCAAGCAACGGUCAGGCAGCUUACGGCAUGCCAUUGCUACUAUUGUGGUCACUGGAGUCAUCUGUGGCAUCGUCUGCCUGAUGAUGCUGGUGGCAGCUGUUUAUGGCUGUUCCUACGCCUUUAUCAUGGCCAAGUACCAACGGGAGCUCAAGAAACUCGACCAUCUGGGUCCCGAUGUUGAACAGGAAAAUGCUGAAGAGAAGGAACCCCUAGAUAGCUCACUGGUAUGAGCUCCCCUCUACUGCCUUGUCAAGCGGCAAGAGUAGACACAAAGUGCUGCAGUAACUCAAUGGGUCAGGCAGCAUGUCUGGAGAGAAAGAAUGGGUAACGUUUCACAGAGUGCUGGAGUAACUCAGUG